AUGUCAGCCAUUGUAGGGAGGCGGGUCUCACUCAGAGGGCCAAACCCCGUUGCCCGGCCAUCCUAUGCGGCGGCUAACUCGCGGUGCUCCUGUACGAGCGUCAGAGGAUUCCACAUGACUUCGAAGAGGACAGGAACACGCAAUGCUUGGAUGCCGAUGCGCGUCAAGACGCCGUGGAUUGAGGCUCUGACUCAGAGCCAGGAGACCUCACGCAAGCUAGAAUAUGGGUUGCAGACCAUUCAACCUGUCAAGCCCGACCUCACGCCAAAGAAGAUGUCGGAUAGCUAUUACAGCGCUAUCCUACCCUUGGCACAAGACAAAUGGCUGCUAGACACCUACCUCAACUCCUCUGGGCACAUUCGGCUUGGUUCCUUGGUAAUGGACCUUGACGCAUUGGCCGGCAUAAUCGCAGCACGACACACUGGUGACGGCGUGAGCAAUGUCACCGCAGCCGUGGAUCGAAUCAGCAUCCAACACCCGUUGAUGGAGAUCUGUGAUCUUGAACUCAGUGGUCAAGUCACAUAUGCGACUGGUCGAUCGAGUAUGGAGGUUUCUGUUCAAGUUUCCAAGGCACGCCCGGAAGGUGAGGAGGCCAGACCCGAGGAUGUGAUGAUUACAUGUGCUUUCACAUUUGUGUCGCUGGACCCGGCGACCAAGCUGCCUGUCCCUGUGGCACCCUUGAUCGUCGAAACUCCGGAAGAGAAGUCUCUCUUCGCCAAAGGCGAACAAAACUACAAUGCCAAAAAGGCAUUACGAAAGCGGAGUCUCCUGGAAACGUCUCCUGAUGAUGAAGAAUCUGCAUUAAUUCAUGACAUGUGGAAGAAGGAGACAAAAUAUCGCAAUCCGCAAUAUCCUAACAUCCGACCAGAAGACCAAAUAUACAUGAGCGAGACAGUUCUUAAAUCUGCAAUGAUAAUGCAACCUCAGGAUCGCAACAGGCAUAACUUCAUGAUCUUCGGUGGUUUUCUACUUAAGCAGACUUUUGAGCUUGCCUUUUGUUGUGCUGCCUCCGUCUCUCACAGCCGGCCGAACUUCCUCGCUCUUGACCCAAGCACCUUUGAGAACCCAGUGCCAGUUGGAAGCGUCCUCUACCUCCGUGCCUCGGUAGCAUACACUGAACCUGAAUCCCGGGAGGGUGAUCCAAGCAAGUUCACAAAGGUCCACGUUCGUGUCGACUCCAAGGUUCGAGACGUGGAGCACGGCACCAAAAAGUCGACGGGCAUGUUCAACUAUACUUUCCUUGUGGAGAAACAACUACAAGCCAUCCCAAAGUCAUAUGAAGAGUUCAUGAUCUGGACUGAUGCACGUCGCCGAGCGAAGAAUGCUCUCAACAUCGACCCGUCGCACGGGACGAGCGCAUUACGUAGUAUCAAGGAUAGUGUCACGGAGUAG